AUGAACUCAGCUUCAGCUUCACAGCCUGGGACCGGACCACCUGCGGCGACCUAUGCUCGACCAGCCUCCGAUUCCCGAGCAAUAGCGAUAAACCCACCGCCAGAGACGUUCGUUAUAGACAGCGACAGCGAUUCUGACUCUGCCGAGGAGUUUCUGGACCCAAAUAACGGGACUUUAGCAUCCAUCGCCAACUCACAAACAAUUACACUGUCCAUCACCUCGACGUAUUCAAAUGCCUGGGGCCCAGUCGAGGCCUUUCGUGAGGUUGUUCAGAAUUGGAGAGAUGGUAUUAUCGCAUCAUUCGGGCUUAUAGAAAACCAAUUCAGAGUCACCCGCCAAGAGCGCGCCGACCAUCGCAAUAUAGAGGUCCUCUACACAGUAUCCCAUCCGCAAAAUCCCCAAGACUGCAUCGGCUACAUCCGGUAUAACGGCCGUAAUGGCCAGGGAACCAUAUCAAUAGUGAACAGAAAAGCGACUCUCGAACCCUGGCACCUCGACCUAGGCGGAACCACAAAGGCAGGCGUCGGCAACCAGGCUGGCGCCCACGGCGAAGGUCUGAAAAUCGCACUUCUAGUACUCCAGCGCGGCUUUCAAAACUACGAAGUUCGUUGCGUAAGUGGUGGCUUCAACUUGAAAUUCAAUUUCAACACCCGGGGUAAAUUGGUCGCCCGUCUUCGUCGAAUGACCCGCAAGCAACUUGACCGCAAACAGGGGAGAUCUGGGGCACUUCUCGAAGUGGGCGAGCCAUCGCCCUUAAAAGAUGUCUGUUUUCACAUCGGCGGCAAGGCCAAGGGGCGCGAUCAACAGGGAAACCCAUGUCAAAGGAACCUAGUCCGUCUGGAGGACUUCAACAAGUGGUGUGAAGCUGCCCUUUUCCUGCAAGACGCUCCCGACGAAGACAUUGUUCGAACCUCUCGGGGAGAUUUGAUAACCCAUGAGCGACUUUGUGGCCAUCUUUAUCUCAAAGGCUUAUUACUCCAGUCUUCUUCGAAUGGAGCUUCGGCAAGUAUCACAGGAAAGCCACUAAAGUUUGGAUACAACUUUGGCCAUGGGGUGACGAACCGGGAGAGACAAUCUGUCAAGAGCGCCACGGAGGAAGGGGCGACGAUUCUGAAUAUCUGGGACCGAGUGCUGAUCGAGAAGCCAAACUAUGUUAUUCAUCUACACGAAAUGCUCAUCUCGUCUGACCCGGAGUAUGCAGACUUGUCGGGGGCUAAAUGGUUCAUGAAAGUCGACACCGCUGUUCAGCUGAAGCGACAUCUCUUCUCCGAUCCUACUAAAUGGUACUACUCUCCGACCGAGAACUCCAAGGUAAUAUAUCGUCCCUUACGACUACUGGUCAUGACUGAACUGCUGGGUUUGUUGGCUAACUUGAAAAGAACCCCCGACUCGAAAAGAUAA